AUGCAAGGCUUCGACGCGUCGUCUUCUGCACGUGACGGGGCACAGCCGUCUCGAGGUAGUCUCUCUUGGCGAUUCGUUAUAACUGGAAGUUCCAUCGUUGUUCCCCUAUACCUCUCACUCUCACGGGACAGCACGCCAGCGAUGGCGCAGAGUAGAAGCAUUGUGCCGAUCGUGCCACCUGGGUGGAAGGCCAUCUACGACGACGAGUACCAGACCUGGUACUUUGUGAACUUACAAACGAAGCAGUCGCAGUGGGACGAGCCCAGGGGCACGACAUGGCCCCCACCGCCCAACUCGCAGCCGUCGACGUAUCCGCAGCAGCCAGCGUAUCCGCCUCAACCGGUGUACCAGCAGCAACCAAUGUACCCUCCACAGCCCAUGUACCCUCCACAGCCCAUGUACCCUCCACAACAGCCCAUGUAUGCGCCUCAACAGCCCACGUACGCACCGCAGCAGCAGCAGCAGAAGCGUGGAGGGAUGAACGGGAUGAUGGGGGUCGGUGCUGGGGUGCUUGGGGGUGUGCUGUUGGCAGAGGCGUUCGACCACAGAGGCGGCGGCGGUGGGUACUAUAACGGCCAGCCAGAUGUCAUAGAGAACAAUUACUACAACGACAGCAACAACGUGAACGACAUGAACAACGACGACUACGACAACAGCGGUAACGACAAUGGGUUUGACGGCGGCGACGGUGGGUUUGACGGCGGCGACAACGGGAACUGGUGA